GGGGGAUGAAAAAGGAAAAAGGGAAAAUAGUGCCACUCCUCCAUCAGUAAACGUAAGAGGCCGCUCUGCUCUGCUAGCUCGAAGAUUAGUGUUCAGCUACCGCGGCGAAUGUACGAGUACGAAGCUAGCGCUAACGCUAGCGAGCUUGUGAAACCGGAAGUUUAGGUUAAUAUUAAUAUCGAAGCUAUAUUAGUAGCAAAGAGCAACAUUUGGGAAGACAGCAGAAUUUUACUGCUUCGAUCAACUGAACUUAAAUUAGUUGUUUCUUCACAAUUUGGCAUCAUUGAUUAACCAGGUUUUCCAGUUUGACUUUACAUGCUCUUCCACUAGACUAGAGUAGAAGAACCAUGUAUUUAGCAGGCAAUUACUGGUCUACAUUACAGCAUACAAACACCACGUUGUAGCAAGGUAUACAUUCGUCCAUGUCAACUAAUUUGUCUUGUUCUGAGUAGGUGAUCAUCAUGGCACAAGAUAUGCCGUUAUGGUUACAUGGGAAGAUCAGUCGAGAGAAGGCUGAGAGUCUCCUGAAACCUUGGCAAGAUGGAUUUUACCUGAUCAGAGAAAGUACCCAUUACCCUGGAGACUAUACACUAUGUGUAUGUAUCUCAGGAAGGGUUGAACACUAUCAUAUCAUCACAACACAGAAUGACAACUCACCGGGAAAAAAAUCAUUAACCAUAGAUGAAGAAGUUUUCUUCCCUGACCUGCAUGCUUUGAUACAGCAUUAUACAGAAGAUGCGGAUGGUUUAGUGUGUAAUUUAAAGAAAGCUGUGGAGAGAAAGAAAGAUGUGGAGAGAAAGAAAGAUAUGAACAUUAUGGAUGGCCAUCACCAACAGAGGGUGCCUCAUCAUACUGCAGAUGGGUCUUUCAAGAAAGAUGGAGAUAAGAAUGACAUGAAAAAUCUAAUGUCAGGUCCAUGGGCUGUCAAUAAGAAUGAACUCAAACUAGGAGAGGAAAUUGGCCAUGGAUUUUUUGGAGCUGUAAAGGUGGGAGAGUACAAGAAUAAGAAGGUAGCAGUGAAAGUGAUAUCAGGAGAUAAUGAAGCAGCACAAUCUAUAGUAGCAGAAGCUUCAAUUAUGACACAACUGAGGCAUCCAAACUUGGUUGCUCUAAUUGGAGUCAUCCCAGACCAACCAAACUCAAUCUCCAUUGUGCUAGAAUUCAUGGCAAAGGGAAACCUCUUAGACUAUGUGAGAUCAAGAGGGAGGACUGUUAUCACAAAGAAACUUCAGCUUAAGUUUUCAGUAGACAUAGGAGCAGGAAUGUGUUACUUAGAACAGAAAUCAUUUGUCCAUCGGGAUUUAGCAGCAAGGAAUAUCUUGAUAUCUGAGGAUGAUGUGGCUAAGGUAUCUGACUUUGGUCUAGCUCAGGAUAACAGUACACAGUUAGGAACAGGAGGAAAGAUACCCGUCAAAUGGACAGCUCCAGAAGCUUAUAGACGAAAGCAAUUCACAACCAGAUCUGAUGUGUGGAGUUUUGGUAUACUACUUUGGGAGUUGUUUUCAUUUGGAAGAGUCCCAUAUCCAAGAGUGCCUGCUGAUGAUGUGAUGGCUUACCUUGAGGAAGGCAGUCGUAUGCAGACUCCUGGAGACAAUUGUAAAGAUGUCCAUGAACUCAUGAUGAAAUGCUGGGAGAUGCAGCCUGAGAGGAGACCUACGUUUGCCAAGAUUCAAGUACGGUUAAAGGAAUUACAAACGGCCAACGAAUCAUGAUGCUCCUUACACUGCUUUCAAUAUGUAUAUAUUGGUAUUUCAUUGUACGUUGAAAUUGAAUAAUGGUCUGAGGUUAAUUUUGAGAAAAGGUGCCUGCUUAAUUUCAUUUUUCUUCCCUUUAAUACAGCUGUAAAAAGAAAAAGAAAGAUCCUGCCAAAUUUUCAUACAAAAUAAUACACUGUAUCUGCCAGAAUGCUCUUGGUGUAAUUUAUCAAAUUGUAGGCAUUUCAGUAUCCGAUGAUCUAUCUGUUUAGUUGCAGAGCAAUAACCUUGAUUUUAUAUUUUGAGGACUCUUUUAUGUUCUGAAGACUUUUCCUCAGAAAUUGUGAUUUCUUUUUGCCUGUAAAAGAGGUUAGAUUUACAAGUUUAGUCUUUAUUACUCCGUCAUACUAUGUAUAUGGCUUUUAAAGAAACAAUUGCCUCGCAAAUAAGGCCACAAACGACUUAUCUGUAGUUUAGUUGUAAUUAAAUUUUCCUGAUAAUUCAACUCUUUUGGGAGAAGGGAAUUUUGACAAAAGUCUUUUUUUUUCAUAAUGUGAAUUUCAAAAUCAUUUAUUCGGUAUUAAACAAGGAUAUAUAAUCUGGAAAAGCUCUUUUGCAUUUUAUGUUGAAAAGGUUUCUAGUUACUAUUUUAUUGUCAGAGCUCAUUUGUAUUGUGCUUUAUUUGCUAAGACAUGUACAUGUAAAUACGGGAUAUGUUUAAAAUUCAGAUGGUGAAUUCUGUAUGUACUAAAGUUUAUGAUUUUCUAUGGAUGACUCGCCUAUUGUUUCAGAGAAGCAAUAAUUCCUGUGUAAAUAGGUAAAAUGGGUAACAAAGCGCUGUAACAAUAUAUGACUAUAUAUUCCACCAGAUUAAUUCACUUGAUAGAAUGAUAGGCAGUGAUUAUAUUUAUGUGUUGAGUCUGAUCUCAUAAUUCAUACUCAUCAUGCUCAAUCUGCCUGAAUGAUAAAAACAAAACAUUUCUUGAUAAUGCUGCUCUCAGAAAAAGAAUAUGUAUACAAAAAAAUACUGACACAUGAAGGUCUUGAUUAUCUCUUUUGUGCUGGUAGCAAAAGAUGUUUGGUUUUUAUUCAAACUGAGUUUUUUUUUAUUAAUAGAAUAAUCUAAAGUCAAGAUAUUGUGACCUUUAUAUGUAUUCAAUAUAUAUCCUAGCACUUCACAAUGACACUUCAUAUUUUUUUAAUUUUCUUGAGAAUGAAAGUAGUAAUGAUGAUUAUAAUAGUAAUAAUGUUUAUAUAGUUCUUAACACAAUGAACAAAGACUCAAGAGCUGUGUUUAUGCGACCUCAUUAGUUAGAAUCAUUUUUCAAAACACAAUUAUAAAUCAUGGUAACUGCAGAAUCAGGGUUUAAUCGACCCUCUCUCCAACACUGUUUCCCCCUCAAUCAGGGUUUAAUCGACCCUCUCUCCAACACUGUUUCCCCCUCACUUCAAGCCUAGCCAGUGCCCAUCGAAGUGCGCAGUUUGACUCAGGACUUAGGUUUGAAUUGGAAAAGAUACACAGCGCUGAUUUUCAAUACAUUUGUACAAUUACUAUGUGAAGCGAAAGCAAAGAAUACCACUGGCAGCGCUCAGUUUGAACUAAAUAAGGAAGUAGGCCGACACAAUGACGUCUUCAAUAGAGUCAUGAUUCAAAUCACCAUUACUUUUAAUCUGCCUUUUUUUAAUGUGUUUCUGCAGGAACAUCUUUCCAAACACGCCUUUUUUAUGUUUCAUGUUUGUGUUUUGAAACAUGUUUAUUUUUACUUUUGACAAAUAAACUAGUCAUGGGAUUCUUGCUUGCCCUCACCCAGUCUUUACAAGAGUUUUCAAACUCUAUUGCUAUGCUAGGCACAUUACAUUGGAUUUCACAUCCUACUAGGUUACCUUAAGAUGUAACACUUGGGUGGAACCUUGGAUAGUGUGGAGAAGGGGUUUUAUAUCAUUGUGAAAACACAAUGGCAAACUCAGAGACUAAGAACAAAGUAUAUAUUAACCAAUUUAAAGAUACAUCGACAUGACUGGUCCUCAUGAAAGGUUUCAAAGUGUUUUGAAAGGAUCUUUUAUUUCCUUGGACAUUAAGUCAAAACAGUUCUUCACUGGUUCUUGCCAAGGAUUCCCUCAGCUAUUAUUUAUGCUCGGAGGUCAAGAAAUUUGUGUAUUUUUUUAAGUUGUGCACUUUGAAAUAACCAUGUAAAACAAUACUAUGUAACUAUGGUUAUUGGAAUUAUAUCAGAUCAAGUGAAAGAUACAGGUCUAGGCAAUUUUACUGUCCAUGAAAGAUAUAGGAAUUUGGUCAAAAAUUACAUUAUAAUUUGCUUGAAUACAAUCUUCAUAUAGGCGAUUAGGUUAGAAGAUUAAUAGGGAAAUAGAAAUCUUGUCAUAUACACAGAAGUAAUAUAGGUAUGAUUAGUAAAAGUUUCAUGUGAUAUUCAUUAUGGUAUCUUGCAUUAGGAAGAAACAAAAUGCAGCAGACCUACACUGUGGGCUAUUAUAUGGUAUACGAGCUUUGAUUUCUUAUAAACUAUUGCUACCAAAAUUAUAAAUAUUAAAAAUAUGAAGAAAAAAAAAAUGUUGUAAAGAGACAAAUCCUUUGGUUUUGAUUUGCAAGUUUAAGAGCAAAUGAUUGCUAAUUAUGACCCAAUUGUAAUCUAGAUGUACUUACUCAAACUGGUUUACCUCGAAACAGUUUAGGAAACCAGAAGAUCACUUUGCUAUCAUCUUCAUCACCAUAUCCUGAAAUGGUUUUCAGAACCUUUUUCCAUAACAUUGUCUUUUUGAUAUGGGAAUGCUCUCAAUGGCUUCACAUGUUUUGCAUGUAAGUUAAAACUACAGCGUAAUCAUUCUACACACAGUGUGCAAUGAGUAGCAUGCCCAACAUGCACAUACUCUUGUACUUUGGUGUGAAGAUCACUUUCCAAAGAAUGGCUGUAUCUAAGCCUAUGCUGAAACCAGUCAAAGUGGUCUUGAAAACUGCAUCGCCAGGUGGUUUUCCAAACUGGUUGGGAGACCACUUACGAUUGCUUCCAAGACCACUGGCUUCCAAUUAACUAGUUUAAGAAAGUAGAUGAGAAUGAGGUCUGUAUCUCUUUCUUGGAUUUAUAUUUGAUUUAGAGUUCAUAGUCAACUCUCCCCUCCUAUAACAUGUAUGCAAAUCAUUGUAAUAGAAUGUCUAUUGAAUGUCCGUAUAUAGAUUUUGUGGUGGUGCUUUUUCUAGAUAAUGCAUGUGAAAGGGAAAACAGUCAGGCAUGCCUUGCAGGAGUCAAGCUUCCCUUGCAGUCUACAACAUUCAAGUAAUCUACUUUCACUACUACUUUCAUCAUAAUUAAAAACUUUUAUGUCAUUGUUAUUGAAUUAUUUCUCACAUUAUUAAUGGUUGCAAAGCCAUAUCAAUUGAUAUUCCAAGACUUGGUGGAAAUAUUUUGAGACCUUGAUUAGUGAGGCACGGGAGCAUGUUUGAUCAAAACUGCUUUUGUUGUAGAUUUGUAGAUUUCUUUUUCUUUUCUAUAUUAUUUUGUUGACUACCUUUAUUUUACUUCAUUUAGUUGUUCUAUAUAUCAGAAAUUUUGUCUUUCAUAUUUUGAUACAAUAAGUCCAAUCAGGUGCCUUCAUGUAAAAUUUGUGAUUUUCUUUGAAACGUGUUUGGGAGAUAGUAUCGUGGUGUAUUUGAUUAUGUCUUGUGAUCUGAUCAGAUCUGAUCAAUUAGCAAACACAACUUCAUAGGAAAUGUAGUUAGUUUUCUUUUAUGAGCAGUAAGUGAACUAUCUAAUAAUAAUAGCAUUUGCUUAUAGCCCAAGUGAUAUUGAAUUUUACAUGAUGAAAUCGUCCAAUAAUAUUACUUUGAUAAUAAUGUAUAAUACUGUAUUAUUCCCACCUCUAUUAAAGAUGGGAUUGUUUUGUCUGCAGAUAUUAAAUCAUAUUUUUAUUUCAUAACCAAUGGUUGUACAAAAACAUUUAUUCAUCCUGAAAAUUCAAUUUCAAUCUUUUCUCCAAUCAAAUUGCUGUCCAAUGUGUGCAAAAAAAAUACCAGUAUACACAUUAAAUAAAAGAUAUGUUAAAUAUCACAUGUAUUUUAUGGCAAGUAUUAAAUUUUUCUGUCAAACUUUCCCUUUAAAUGAUUUGGAUUUGGAAAUAUUCUGCUUAUAUAUCAUUCUUUGCUGCUUUAAAAAGUUUAUUUUAUAUUGAUAAAUUUGUCAUUUAAAGUAUUGAAAUUUAAAAAUUAGAACUCGCGAAAGCUUAGUAUUGAAAUUUGGGGCUAAAUACCAUAAAGCUUAAAUAGUAAUCGAUCUUUGAACAAAAUCUAAUGACUAUUGAAUACAGUGUACAAUCAUAAAUGAAAUCCAUGUUAUGUACAAUUGUUAAGGUAUGUGUUGUGGUUGUGAAUGGACCCCUCUCUCCAUCAAAUCAGAUGAGUGCAUUGUACUUUAUUUUAGAUAUUAAGAUAAAAAAGGGGAGGAUCUACCAGAGACAUGGAGCACUCUUUUCAAAAGAAAAUUGACCUCCCCCCCAAAAAAAAGACUAUAAAGUAACAUGGAACAUUUUUCAUACAUUUUUUGACAAGCACCAACCACAGAGAGCAUUUCCCAUUUGAAAAUAUUCCAUAAAUAAAAUUGGGGGUGGGAUGGGGCUCAAAGGCCCGCUCGGUGCCAAAUGUUGAUGACUAUCAAUUGAAUAUGUCCUAAUGAAGUAACACCUUUGUAAUGUUUCAAUGCAAAAAGCUGCUCCAGAGUUGUGUUGCUAUGUAAAAACUAUUGUCAUCCAUGUUUCUUUGAAUACAUGUCCCUUAAGAAGGUUUGUUAAAGAGAGUUGAAUGACAGCUGGAUUUAUCAUUCUGUCUAUAAGCUCUGCUAAUGAUUUCAUCUUAUUGCUGUAUUAUGAAAUUUUUAAAAUAAAAAUAUAAUGGUUAAAUGAGAA